AGCUUGUUAUUUGGUGGAUUGUGGCAGUAAAUCGGGGCGAGCGGGGGACUGGGCGCAGGAACUGCCGCGGCGGCCAGGAGUGGUGCUGCCCGGACGGGGGCCCGCUGGGGUCAGUGUGGCUGGGGGGGAUCGAGAGCUGACAGCGCGUACUUGAGCCGCAGUUGCGCUGCUGAAGACUUCUCUUUGAGCUGGAACCCCUUAGAUCGCCCCCCAAAAUGAAGGCAGCAGACGAGCCUGCCUACCUGACAGUGGGGACUGAUGUCAGUGCCAAGUACCGAGGUGCCUUCUGUGAGGCAAAGAUUAAGACUGUGAAAAGGCUGGUGAAAGUUAAGGUAAUCCUGAAACAGGAUAACUCUACACAAUUAGUGCAAGAUGAUCAAGUAAAAGGACCUUUAAGAGUUGGAGCAAUUGUGGAAACUAAAACGUCUGAUGGAUCCUUUCAGGAAGCUAUUAUUAGUAAAUUGACAGAUGCCAGUUGGUAUACUGUAGUGUUUGAUGAUGGUGAUGAGAGGACAUUAAGACGAACCUCCCUGUGCCUCAAAGGAGAGAGACAUUUUGCAGAGAGUGAAACACUUGACCAACUUCCACUAACAAAUCCAGAGCACUUUGGCACUCCAGUAAUUGGAAAGAAAUCCAACAGAGGAAGGAGAUCUUCUCUUCCUGUGACAGAAGAUGAAAAAGAAGAGGAAAGUAGUGAAGAAGAAGAUGAAGAUAAGAGACGUCUUAAUGAUGAAUUAUUAGGAAAAGUUGUGAGUGUGAGUUCUUCUUCUGAGAAAACUGAGUGGUACCCUGCCUUGGUUAUCUCUCCCAGCUGUAAUGACGACAUCAUGGUGAAAAAAGACCAAUGUUUAGUUAGAUCUUUUACAGAUUCCAAAUUUUAUUCAAUAGCAAGAAAGGACAUCAAGGAAGUAGAUAUUCUUAGUCUACCUGAAUCUGAGCUCUCUACUAAACCAGGCCUCCAAAAAGCAAGCACCUUCUUAAAAACCAAAGUUGUUCCUGAUAAUUGGAAAAUGGACAUAAGUGAGAUCCUUGAGUCAUCCAGUAGUGAUGAUGAAGAUGGAGCAAAUGAGGAAAGUGAUGAAGAAAAAGAUAAAGAGAAUGCAAAAGAAGAAGAAGAGACACCUGAAGAAGAGCUUGAUCCUGAAGAGAGGGACAACUUCCUCCAACAGCUUUACAAGUUUAUGGAAGACAGAGGUACUCCCAUCAAUAAACCACCUGUUUUGGGCUAUAAAGAUCUAAAUCUCUUCAAACUCUUCCGACUGGUUUAUCAUCAAGGUGGCUGUGACAAUAUUGAUAGUGGUGCUGUAUGGAAGCAAAUUUAUAUGGACCUUGGCAUUCCUAUUUUGAAUUCUGCAGCUUCGUACAAUGUAAAAACUGCCUAUAGAAAAUAUCUCUAUGGUUUUGAAGAAUAUUGCCGUUCUGCAAAUAUUCAGUUUAGGACCAUCCAUCACAAUGAACCAAAAGUAAUAGAAGAAAUUAAAAAACUAGAGGAAUCAAUGGAAGAAACUGUGAAAGUGGAGCAAGAAAUGCCUUUAGUGGAAGUAAAAAGUGAACCUGAAGAAAACAUUGAUUCAAAUAGUGAAAGUGAAAAAGAAGAAAUAGAAUUAAAAUCUCCAAGAGGUCGAAGGAGAAUUGCUCGAGAUCUAACCCCUGCUAAAAAAGAAAAUGAAGAAGAAAAAACAGAAGACAAAUUAAGGGAUAAUAAUAAAGAAAAUAAAGAUAUAGAAGAAGAAUCUGACAUUAUAGAGAAAAAGGAAAAUGAAGCACUACUGGGGAAAAAAAACACACCAAAGCCAAAAGAGAAGAAAAUUAGAAAGCAGGAGGAAUCCGACAAAGACUCAGAUGAAGAGGAAGAGAAAAGACGAGAGAGGGAGGAAAUUGAAAACAAAGAGGAAUCUGAAGGGGAGGAAGAUGAGGAGGACAUAGAGCCCUGCCUAACAGGAACCAAAGUAAAAGUAAAAUAUGGACGUGGAAAAACUCAGAAAAUUUAUGAAGCCAGUAUUAAAAGUACUGAAAUUGAUGAUGGAGAGGUUUUAUACUUGGUGCAUUACUAUGGAUGGAAUGUCAGGUAUGAUGAAUGGGUGAAGGCUGACAGGAUAAUCUGGCCUUUGGACAAAGGUGGACCAAAGAGAAAACAGAAGAAAAAAACUAAAAAUAAAGAAGACAGUGAAAAGGAUGAUAAAAAAGAUGAAGAGAGACAAAAGUCAAAACGUGGACGUCCUCCUCUAAAGUCCACCCUUCCAUCAAAUAUGUCUUACAGUGUGUCUAAGUCUCCAAAUAUUGAAGGGAAAGCGAGUGCCCGAACUGCACGAAGCAGUUUACCAGACAGCUCACCUCUGGCAAAUGGAAUGGAAGACUCUGCUUCUUCUGAUAGUGAAAUUGAAGAUACUUCAGAUAAAAAUUUGGUGAAUGAAGAAUUUUCUCCAGAGAUUUUAGAAGAACUCGAAAAGAGUGAAAAAUUUAUUGAUGAUAAGAUAGAAGAAGAAAAUCCAAAAUUUCCAUGUGUGUUAAAAGAAAAUGAUAGGACUCAAGUACAGUCUUUAGAAACCCUGAAGUUGGAAGUUGAAGAAAGUGAACAAAUAGUGCAAAUUUUUGGAAACAAAACGGAGCAAGUAGAAGAAAUUAAGAAAGAAACAGAAAAAUCUCCUAAAGCUAAAGGGAGAAAAAACAAGAUAAAAGAUCUUUCUUUGGAGACUAUAAAGAUUUCUCCACUGAGCCAGGAUGAAGCAAGAAGUGAAUCUUACAUAGAACCUCUUAGUCUAGAAGUUUCUUCUUUAGAAAGUAAAGAUUUUUCCUCUACUACCGAAGAUGAAAUGGACUCAUGCUCAAAAGAAAAAAAAUUAAAGAGGAAAAUACCAGGACAGUCAUCACCAGAGAAAAAAAUUCGAAUUGAGACUGAAAUGGACGUGCCAGCCCUUGUGUCUGAAGAACGAACCAGUGACUCUAUCAUAUCUGAGGAAUUUAAGGAAUUAAAUUCUGAAGAACAGCCUGAAAUAGAACAUGAGGAAAUGCCAUCAUUGAUAGCAGAGUCAGAGCCACCAGUUCAGGACCUGGCCACUGAAAAUUUUGACUUUCCAAAUGCUAAAGAAAGCGAGAAUGUUGCAGUGAAAGAAGAGGAAGAAGAUAUUAUGCCCCUAAUUGGACCAGAAACUUUGGUUUGUCAUGAAGUAGACCUCGAUGACUUGGAUGAGAAGGAUAAGAAUAGCGCUGAUGAGGCAGGCACAGAUAUACCUGACCCCGUCAGCCCUGUUCCCAAUCCUCCUGCCUUGCCCCCUGCUGCACCAUCUGGCUUUUCUGCUGCUUCCCCACUUGCUCUCAGUCAGGAGGAGUCUCGAAGUAUCAAGAGUGAAAGUGAUAUAACAAUCGAAGUUGACAGUGUGGCUGAAGAGUCUCAAGAAGGCCUCUGUGAGAGCGAGUCAGCCAAUGGAUUUGAAGCCAGCACUACAUCAAGCACUUGUAGCGUGACUGUCCAAGAAAGAGAGAUCAGAGACAAAGGCCAGAAAAGGCAAAGUGAUGGAAAUGGUGGAUCAUUAGCAAAAAAACAAAAACGUCCACCAAAGCGAACAAGUGCUACCAUCAAAAAUGAAAAGAAUGGAGCAGGACAAAGCAGUGAUAGUGAAGAUCUUCCCGUCCCAGACAGUACAAGUAAAUGUACACCAGUAAAACACAUACAUGUGGCAAAGCCCCCAAAGCUUGCUCGAUCUCCAGCAAGAAUGAUGUCGCCUCACAUUAAAGAUGGAGACAAGGACAAACACCGAGACAAGCAUCAAAAUUCAUCCCCUAGAGCAUAUAAGUGGAGUUUUCAACUUAAUGAACUAGACAAUAUGAACAGUACAGAAAGGAUCUCUUUUCUACAAGAAAAAUUGCAGGAAAUAAGAAAAUAUUAUAUGUCAUUGAAGUCAGAAGUGGCAACUAUAGACAGAAGGAGAAAAAGAUUAAAAAAGAAAGAUAGAGAAGUGUCUCAUGCAGGGGCCUCAAUGUCAUCUGCUUCAUCAGACACUGGAAUGAGUCCAUCAUCAUCAUCUCCCCCACAAAACGUGCUUGCUGUAGAAUGCAGGUGAUAAAUACUUUCUCUGCCUUCCCAGCAGUUUGCUGCCAUGGACAUAAAUCCUUAAACCCUGAAAUACAACCACAGAAAGCACUCAACUGGUUUAACAUUGCCAAGUAUAUCCUGUACACUUUUCCACUGCUGGAUUGUAUCGUUUUCCCCUUCCUCUCCCUCCAACCUUUUUUUUUUUUGUUUUUGUUUUUUUUCCUUUCUGUUGCAAAAAAAGAAAAAUAAGCUGAUUGAUAAUUGAAGGUUAGGCAAUCUGCCAUAUUUGUCGUCAUUUUUCCCCUUAAUAUUUGUUUAUGUUUUUGUUGAUACAGAGAAAGGGCACUUAGCAAAUUUAAAUUGUCUAACAAAGUUUUCAGGUGUUUUAUAGAAAUCAUAGACAAGCAAGUGCACACAAACAUCAAAAUACUAUCCAGCUGAAUAGUUACUGCUGCACUUUCACCAAGAUAUAUUUAAUUCUUGGUGAGUAGUUUUUUGUUUUGUUUUUGUUUUUGUUUUUUGGUUCUUUUGUGUGGAAGCACUUGCUAUACAGAACUGCCAAAGUAUGUGUUCAGCAGUGUGCCCAGUUUUAAAGGUGUAAAUGGGACAAAAUAAAUUGUGAAAGGAAGUGUAGUUGACUGAAAACUACCGUUGUAAUAAGUCUUCCACUUUUUAUAGGAUUUUUGAGCACACAAUUAUGCAAAUAUUUUAAUGUUUAUUAAUGUUUACAGUGGAAUUGUGAAUAAGUUUUCAGUGGACUAUCUUAUUCCUUGACAAAAAUAUUUUGUCUUUUUUCUAUGUAAUUUCAGAGUUUUUAUUUUGUUACAAAAAGACAAAAAUGAAAUAUAUAACAACAAUGAAGUUAUUUAACAAGAUUUCUAAAGCUGAAAUUUUUGUGUAAAAUAAGGUAUUAUCUUGCAACUUGUUAAAUAUAUUUAUUCAGACAUUGGAUGUUGUAUUUUUAUGUAUUUUUUAAAAUAUUAAUAAAAUUGAAAAAAAUAAAA